AUGAAAAAAGAUCUAAAAAGUGGCAUCCGUAAAUUGGCUGCCGCGCCCGGUUAUGAAGAAAUGGAAGGAAAUAACAUUCCGCAUCAGUCGCUCGGGAGUAGCAGUGGAAAUGGCAGCGCCCCAAAUAGUCUUAUUGGAUCGGGACAUCCUUCACUUCCCUCAUCAGAAUUUGAAUUGGCAUCCGUUAGUGUGGUGCCUGAUGAUACUUUCACUGUCACUCAAGCUGUAAACGCCUUAGGCUUCGGAUGGUUUCAAGUCAAGUUGUCGCUCUGCGUGGGCCUUUGUUGGAUGGCAGACAGCAUGGAAAUGACAAUUUUGAGUGUUUUGGGUCCGGCCUUGCAUUGCGAUUGGGGCAUCACGAGGUAUCAGCAGGCGCUUGUUACGACAGUUGUGUUCCUUGGGAUGAUGUUGUCGGCGACAUUUUGGGGGCAUUUGAGUGAUCGGUAUGGAAGGAAGCCAGCAUUGACACUUUGUGGCGUUUUGCUGUUCUUGUAUGGGUUGCUAAGUGCCGUGGCGCCAAGUUUUACGUGGCUUUUGUUGCUGAGAGGGUUAGUUGGGUUUGCGAUUGGAUGUGUGCCGCAGUCAGUGACUUUGUAUGCCGAAUUUCUUCCAACGAAGCAACGGGCGAAGUGUGUCGUGUUGUUGGAUUGUUUCUGGGCCCUUGGUGCCUGUUUUGAAGUCGCCUUGGCAUUAGCGAUCGCUCCAAAUCUCGGUUGGCGAUGGCUUUUAGGCUUAUCAGCACUUCCGUUAUUCGUUUUUGCCGCCAUCACUCCAUGGUUGCCCGAAUCUGCGAGAUAUCACGUCACAAGUGGUCAAAGUGACAAAGCUCUUGCAACGUUAGAGCAAAUUGCAAAGGAUAAUCGACGUCCCAUGUUGCUCGGAAGACUCGUAGUUGAGAAUCCUGUGACGAGUCGCGGGAGUUUUAAAGCACUUUUGAAUCCGUCGCUGCGACGAACGACUUUGUUGUUGUGGUUUAUUUGGAUGGCAUGUGCUUUUUGCUAUUAUGGUCUCGUUUUGAUGUCAACUGAACUUUUUGGCGGCGAUAAUAAAACUGUGUCGCCGGGAGAUGUUCCCGAUUGUCAUCCGCUGUCAACGACGGACUAUAUGGAUCUACUUUGGACCACUUUAGCUGAAUUUCCGGGGAUUUUCGCCACAAUUUAUAUAAUUGAACGUUUCGGACGUAAGAAAACGAUGGCUUUUCAGUUUCUUUUGUACGCUGGAUGUGUCAUUCUUAUCACAACAACGCAAGAUCGCGUUUUACUCACAUUGAUCCUUUUCCUCGCUCGCGGAAUGAUUGCGGGACUUUUCCAAGCAGCUUACGUUUACACGCCCGAAGUUUAUCCAACAGCAUUGCGAUCUAUUGGAGUUGGGGGAUGUUCAGCUCUUGCCCGUGUCGGAGCAAUGGCGACUCCUUACAUCGGUCAAGUACUUUUCCAGUCGUCGGUAUUGAGUGCAGUGUCAGUUUAUGGCGUUUUUGCGGUAUUAGCUUGUUUCGCGUGUUUGCUGUUGCCUUACGAGACACGCGGAACGGAUCUUCAUUAG